AUUUUAUCCUGAGAAUACUGUUCAAGAAUUAAACUUACCCGAAUUUGAAGAUAAGGAUGUGAUACUUGCUACAGGAAAUUUUUGCAUCGUCGAAAAUAUAGACCAAAAUAAUGAAAAAUAUUCUAUUCUAAAAAUUACCUUAAAUGACAUUAUUCGCUUCGAUACUCUCAACUCUAACAAUUUACCUGCAUCCCCAAUAUUAAUCAACAUGACUGCAAUGGUUCGCGAAGACCCAAAAAUUGACAAUGAAGAUGUAGUCAUCGAUGUCAUGACUAGGAAUUACAUUGAUCAAGACAACAAUAACAUCAAUAUCACAUGUUAUCACCUUGCAUCCACACACUAUUUAACAAAUGUAACUGCCUCUGUGCAAAAAGAUUCUGUAUUAUAUAUUAAUGGAGAACUUAUGAUUACUGAUGACGAAAACAUAGUUCAUAUACAUAAUGUUUCAUUCCCGGAAUAUUAA